AUGAAAUAUUUACAAUCGGCAAUGGUUUUCGACACUUCAUCACCAUCGGAUAGUUCAUCAUCAACCGAUCGAGUUCUUUCACUCGAUUGCAUGUUUGAUUCAUCACAUUCAUCUGCCAUCGAGCUUCCAUUAUCUGAUGAACGUGAAUUAUCACAAAUUGAAGCCGUAAAUAAACAACAACAACAACAACAACAUCAUCAUCAACAACAACAACAACCAUCAAAAUGGAAAAUGAUGUCAAAACGUCGACAAAGUUGUACAAAUGAUAUGUAUGUAACAGCCAGUCGUUAUCAUCGAUCAAAACCAACGGCAACAUUAAAUAAUUUAUCGUCAUUAGAUGAAACAUUAACAUCAUUUCAUAAUAAAUUAUCUACUGAUGAUAUGAAAUAUUUUCCAAAUCAAUCGGCUUUAAUAACAACACGUCGUUCAACAACUGAUUGUAAUAAUUUAACAAAUAUUCAUCGACAAACAUUAGAACAAACAAAUAAUACAUUAUUAACAAUUGUCGAUGAAGAAUCAAGAGAUUCAAUUUGGUUAACUUCAGAUGAUCAUCAUUUAUUAGUACCUGCAUCAAGAUCUUCACAUGAUUCUACACCAUCUUUAUCUAUGUUUUAUUCUGAUCCAUCAAUGACAUCAUGUUCAUUGGUUUCGUCUUUCAAUUCAAAUUCGAACAGUAAUGAUCUUCACGAAUCAUCAUCAUCAUCAUCAUCACAAUAUUCAUCAUCUGUAUCAUUCUUUAAUGAUCUAUCUGAAACACCCAAAACUCUUUCAUUAUCAUCAUCAUCUGGUUAUGAAUCAAAUAUUCCGACAUCAAAUUUAUCAAUAAAUUCAAUACCUGAUCAUUUAUUUCUUUCAUCACCAGAUUCAAUCAUGAUGCCUCCACCACCAUUACCAAUAUCAUCUCAAAAACUUCCAAUUAAUUCUGAUCGUAAUCUUGUUGAACAAUUUAUUGAUUUACAUUUACAAAAACAAACAUCAUUUGAUCAAGAUGUUGUUUAUUCACCUCCAUCAUCACUUAGUUCAUCAUCAAGUUCAUUUCUAUCUCAAACACCAAUAUCAACUAUGAAUUCACCUAUUUGUUGUCGUAAAUGUGUAAAUAAUGAUGA